GUUGGAUCAAAUGAGAGAGGGUCAAUAUCAUCACUGGACCCAAUUAGCCAAGCCCAAAACUUGGUGGGGUUGCCUAUCAGCGGCGAAUCCACUCCUUAUUUUCUCGUCUGCAUGCCGCUUCCACUGCCCAGACACUGCUGCGCUCAAGAGAGUAGCCUACCGGGGAGGUUAGUGUGAAAGGGAAUGUUUGAUCUUAUGAAGAUAUACUGAAGAUAUCUAAUAGAAUGAACAGUCAAACUCUUACAGUUUAAGGGUAUUAAGCUUUUUCUUCGUUGAUCUUUUUCAAGUUUGUGAAUCUGCUAUGCAUUUGCUAACUAUUUAGCUUCAAUGAGAUCACUCCUAGUACCUUCCUCUUUAAUCAUUCCCUCGCUUUCUCAAGGAUCCCUUCCUAGGUUUCAAUCACAGCCUCAACAUAUUGGCACUGCCAGUUCCCAUUGUGGUAGAUACCGUGCCUCUCCUUUUUGCCUUCCAUUUCAAUCCAGUUUUUCAUUUAAGGCAGUUUGCAGUCAUCGGUCAUUAGCUGGUGCUGCAAAUGCUUCGAAUGAGGGGGCAGUGCCAGUUAUCAAUAUUGAAGAUUUUUGUGAAAAAGAUUGGUCAUUUCUAGAUUCAGAUGAGUUAAAUUCUGAACAAGUUAAGCAAAAUGUUGACCGAAUUGCAUCCGCGGGAAAUAUUGAUGAGACUUCUAGAGUUCUAGUCUCAAUUGGUUCUGAAGGUUUUGUGGAUCAUUUAGUUGAAUCAUCACUCUGCCAAUUGUUGCUUGUAGUCCACGACUCUAUUUUUGUCUUAGCUGGAAUUAAAGAGAAAUAUGACGAGGUUAAGUGUUGGCAAGGAGAAUUGAUAUAUGUGCCAGAAAAAUGGUCACCAUUGGAUGUUAUAUUUCUCUAUUUUCUGCCUGCCUUGCCUUUCAAACUUGACCAGAUAUUUGUGGCGCUGGCAAAACGUUGUUCACCAGGUGCAAGACUGGUAAUUAGCUAUCCCCAAGGGAGGGAAGUGCUAGAGCAGCAAAGAAAACAGUUCCCUGACGUUAUAAUUGCAAACCUGCCUGAGAAAACGACAUUACAGAAAGUUGCAGCUGACCAUUCCUUUGAGAUGACUGAAUUUGUAGACGAGCCUGGAUUUUAUCUAGCUGUUUUGAAGUUUACGAAGGCAAACAUUUAAAUGUUUGGAUUUGUCCUUAACUCGUGCUUGAAUUGUUGACUGAAAGUUUUUAGGAGUAUCCAAGUUGUGUUCAGGAAUUGAGGAUCCCAGUGACAAAAUUUUAGUCCCAAAGCUACCUUUUCUUUUUUUUUCCUUUGGCCAUAUAAGUUUCCAUUUUAUGACUAGUAUUUUGUGUUUUCCAUUCCCCUUUCACGUUUCUUGCUCAGCAUAUGAAUCUUUGGUGAAGACAAAUUGAGAUAGUGCACUGCAUGUCAUUAUGAAAAUAAUGAAUCAAAUCGUGAAUGAAUCUGUUUCAAUUUCAAUGUCUGAAAGGUCCCCGAUUUACCCUCUGGUCCAAUCGUGAAUGAACCUA